AUUUUUAAUAUAACUUAUUUUAUCUUUGUAUACCUAUUGUACUUACCAUGUUAAUUGUUUUGCUUUUAGAUAUUACUUUAUUCUUAUUCUCAUAUAAAUAACACCACUGCGGUAAACCGAAGCUACCGACAUAUAUUUUUAAAUAUAGUAUAUAGAAUUAAAUUGCAUGGGAAUCUAAUCGAGUGACCCCGGCGACUUGAAGGUCUAUCGUGUAUUGUUUAGGUAUGUCGGUUUGGUCAGCUAGUACAGUCGGCAAUAAUUACCACUUCGGGCAUCCUCCCAGUCGUUAUACUCAUUCUAACAAUUGGUGCCCAAACCCAACCAAGUCAAAUUCGGACCCUAAAUUCCUGUUAAAAACAUAAGUGCGUGAUGGCGAACGAGGGCGCUAUAAAUGCUGAUGACGCCCUACACACGCCAGCGUAUCUCUCUUGGAGGAAGUUACAGCUCAGUCGAGCUAAACUUAAGGCUUCCAGCAAAACAUCAGCACUCUUAUCUGGAUUUGCAAUGGUGGCAAUGGUUGAGGUCCAAUUAAAUACGCCAACAACAAUUCCCGCUGGUAUGUUGGUAGCAUUCACAGUUUGUACUACAUUGUUGGUAGCAGUCCACAUGCUGGCUUUGAUGAUCAGCACAUGUAUUUUACCAAACAUUGAAGCUAUUGGCAACCUCCACAGUAUAUCCUUAGUUCACGAAUCUCCCCACGAGAGAUUACAUUGGUAUAUAGAGAUUGCAUGGGCCUUUUCAACAUUGUUAGGUCUUAUCUUAUUCUUAGUAGAAAUUGCUAUUCUAUGCUGGGUGAAGUUCUAUGAUUUGAGCCCCACAGCCGCCUGGUCCGCCUGUGUUCUUCUAAUUCCAGUAAUGAUAGUUUUUUUGGCAUUCGCCAUACACUUUUACAUGUCAUUAGCAACACAUAAAUAUGAAGUUGUCAACUGUGGUAUAAAGGAAUUAGAAUUUUUGAAAGAACAAAUAGAACUAGGUGAUCAAGACUCCCGAAUGAAUAACAUGCCAUUGUUUGAUCAGGCCCGAGUUGUGUGAUUUUGUAUUUUUAUAUGGGAAUGUUAUAAUCUAUAGUUUGUUACUAUUUACAGUAGGUCAAAAAAUAUACUUAAAUUGUACUUAAAACUUAAGUUGCCAAUUAGUGGUUGUACUAGAUUAUAUUAUAUAUUCUUUUGGUUUAAUAACCAAAAACACACAGCCACUUUUGUGAAAUUGUUAUACCUUCUCUAUUACCUAUCUAAUUAAACUGAAUCUCUUGCAUCUCUCUAUUAAAGAAGCAAUAUUUGACUUAAUACAUAACAAAUUCCUUUUAAAUUAAUAAUACCUUAUUCAAUCCUAAAAUUUUACUUAAUAUAUCAUAAUUAAUAGUUAAUCUACAACCAAAUUUUAGUGAUAAUCUUAUUAAACUAAUUUUAAUUUAUAUAUUAUGACUCAAAAUAAAUUAAAUGAAUUGUACGUAAUAUAUUCUUAUUUUUUGUAAAAAAGAUAAACAUAAUAAAUCAUUUACAUGUUUCGUCAUAUUAUGCUUGAAUUUGCAAGUGUGGGGUAAAAAUUCCUUGGAUUUAUAUUUUUAAGAAAUCUAACAGUAAAAGAAAUUAUGUUUAAUGUCAAACUUCAAAUUUACGUCAAACGGCCUUGUACAAUAUACUGACCUUGAAACAUAAGAAAUGAGGUCGCAAUACACGAUACAAGUUGUAUCGUGUAUUGCGACCUCAUUUUUCGUAUCAUGUGUUGUAUCAUACAACACAUGAUACGAUACCUGAAUUGACUAUGUUUAAUUAUAGCCAUAAUACUCCAUUACAGAAAUAAUGAUAUUGAGAAAGUGGGGCGAUAUAUUAGUAAGAAAAAUAAAGUUGUAGGUUAAUACGACUUCAUGACGUUACGUUACAUUUAUUUAUUCUAAUUCUUCCUGAUGCUCGUGCACAGCAGGAAGAUUGUAUAAUUAAAAAAAAGAAUGGUAAAAUUGUAUUAAAAUAAACGUAUUUUGAUAUG